AGGACUUGUUCUUCUCAUAUACAUACAAACACAAACACCUCUCUCUCUCUCUCUCUAAUUUUCUUCAGUUUUGAUUCUCUCCUCUCUUGAAUUCUCCUCGUCCUUUUUUCCCUUUUGGGUUUCUCCCAUUGAAGUUUUUGAACUCAAACAAACAAUUAAAAAAGAAAGAUUUUAAUGAAAGUUUAUUAGUUCCUUUAACUCUUCAAUGGUGUUUCAUUCUCUCAUUAAAAAGAAGGAAACACCAGAACAGCCACUUGACGUUGCUAUGGCUUCUUCAACAACAGUCAAAUCUCAGCCUCUUCAUAACUUUUCUUUACCUGACUUAAAAUGGGCCAUGAACCAAACAAACACUCAUCGUUUUCGCAAACUCUCUGAUUCUUCUCAUAAAUCACCUCGAAGCGACGCCGAUUGUGAGUCCGAGUCUCCGAAGCAGCUUCUUGAAGGUGUGAAAAUCGUUGAUGGAAUUGAAAAGUCGGACAAGAAGAAAUCGGAUGAUUUGGUUGAGAAUUCAGAGAAGAAACCAACCGUUUCAUCUGAUGGUAGUAGAUCGAAGAUUUUCAUAAGAAUUCGAACCAAGAACAGUAAAACUGCUGAUGAGGUUGCCUAUACAGGGGAUCAUACCUCUGUUGCUGAAGACGCCGAAGAAUCAGUGCCGAAGACGUGGAACUUAAGGCCGAGAAGAGUGAUCACUAAGGUUAAUAAUAAUGCGAUUGGAGGUGCAUCAAAGAUCGGAGGAGCUGCGGUGCCGGAUAACAAAGCUCAGCCACCCACUCGCCCUGAAUUGACUCGUAACCGGAAUAUUGUAACAACCGAGGCGAAAGUUCCAGAAAAGAAAGAGAAAGAGAAAGAAAAGAAGCAAAAGUUCUCGAUCUCGCUUACCAAGGAAGAGAUUGAAGAUGACUUUCUUAUUCUGACAGGGUCCAAGCCCGCCAGGCGACCUAAGAAGAGAGCGAAGAAUGUGCAGAGGCAACUUGAUUUUGUUUUUCCGGGUUUGUGGUUGGCCUCCAUAACGCCUGAUUCCUACCGGGUUAAUGAUGGUCCUGCCAAGGGUUAGAUGGGACUUUGAUGUUUUAUAGUUUUGGGGCAAAUUGAAGGUGAAUGACUGCAGUUAGAAGUUUUUGAUCUCAGCUGAAGGCAUUCUGGAAUGAUGUAAAGAUGUAUUUGGUAGAUAAUGCGUGUCUAAGCGUGAGUUAUUGGCUGCUGAUUUUGACAAUACUGUAGGCCUGGAAUAAAUGGCUUUUCAAACUUCCAAGGCGAAGGAUCUUUCCCAGUAUAUUGCUGAUAUAGAUAGAAAUUUUAAUGUUUCUCCUGGCUUGUGAUUUGGCUAUUCAGAUGUAUUGCAUUAUGAAGUCUCUCAGCUGAUAUCAUAUUGUCA